UUACUGUCAUAUAUAUUUUACCAGUUUACUGCUGAAACGCGGAACCUUUAACGCGGGGAUUGGGACACGUCAGCCGAAACUGGCGGAACUAUUUGAGUGAUGCACACGGUACGGAGUUGUUUCCUCGUUCAGAAAGGACUGUAACUAACACCUGGUCCGUCUCUGAAACAGCUGCUUUGAUGACCGGUGAACAAAAAUGGAUCUUUCUGAGUCCAUAACCCACAUGAAUGGGCGACAGAGGAAGUCUGCAGCGAUGACUGCAGACACAAAUGACCGGACGGUGGAGAUGGUGGACGAGGAAGAAGCGCUUGUUCAGGACUCCGACAGAGAGGACAGACAUUCUAAAGCACGCAGCGGCAUGCGAGGUGAACUGGGCAACGUGUGUCUGCUCCUCUUUCUCUACAUCCUCCAGGGCAUUCCUUUAGGACUGGCUGGGAGCAUUCCUCUUAUCAUGCAAAGUAAAAAUGUCAGCUAUAAAGACCAGGCCUACUUCAGCUUCGUCUUCUGGCCUUUCAGUCUGAAGCUGUUCUGGGCUCCGCUGGUGGAUUCGGUUUACGUGCAGCGCUUCGGACGCAGGAAGUCAUGGCUUGUACCCACUCAGUACCUGCUCGGGCUCUUCAUGCUGGGACUGUCGUUCACCGUGGAUUCGCUUCUGCAGACAGGUGGAGCAAAAGGCCCAGACGUGAUCGUUCUCACCGCUGUGUUCUUCAUGCUGUCUUUUCUGGCAGCAACACAGGACAUCGCUGUUGAUGGCUGGGCUCUCACCAUGCUGUCCAAAGAGAACGUGGGAUACGCUUCUACAUGUAACUCCGUAGGACAGACGGCCGGCUACUUCCUGGGGAAUGUCCUGUUUCUGGCUCUGGAGUCGGCCGACUUCUGCAACAAGUACCUGAGGUUUGAGCCACAGGAUAAAGGCAUCGUCACACUGUCAGACUUCCUGUUUUUCUGGGGGAUUGUGUUUGUGGUGUCCACCACCCUGCUGGCCAUCCUGAAGUCAGAGAACAACAGACAUCAGCGCUCCAGGAGGAGACCCAAAGAGGAGACGCAGGGCAUAAUGGAGACGUACAAGCUCCUGUUCGCCAUCAUCAAACUGCCUGCUGUCUUCACCUUCUGCUGCCUGCUGCUCACAUCCAAGAUGGGGUUUUCAGCAGCAGACGCAGUGACUGGGCUGAAGCUGGUGGAAGCUGGAGUGCCGAAAGCCGAGCUGGCUCUGCUGGCUGUUCCCAUGGUUCCUCUGCAGAUCCUGCUGCCUCUCAUCAUCAGUAAAUACACAGCCGGGCCUCGACCUCUCGACAUCUUCUAUAAAGCCUUUCCUUUCAGGUUGCUGAUUGGUCUGGAGUAUGCCCUCCUCGUGUGGUGGACCCCUAGCGUAAAGCAAGAGGGUGGAUUUCCUGUGUAUUACUACGCUGUCGUGCUGCUGAGCUACGCUGUACAUCAGGUGGCACUGUACAGCAUGUUUGUGGCCUGUAUGGCGUUUCAUGCUAAAGUGAGUGACCCGCUGAUUGGAGGCACCUACAUGACCCUGCUGAACACACUGACCAACCUGGGGGGCAACUGGCCGUCCACAUUGGCCCUGUGGCUGGUUGAUCCGCUCACGUCCAAACAGUGCGAGGGGGCGGAGGGACAGACGUGUGGCUCUGCUGAAGACGCCGCGCUGUGUGUUAAAGAAGGCGGCGUGUGUGUGACGGCUCUGGACGGUUACUACGUGGAGUCGUUCGUGUGCGUGCUGAUCGGACUGACAUGGUGGAUUCUCUUCGGCAAGAAAAUGAAGCGGUUACAGGAUGAGAGUCCACAAGCUUGGCAGUGCAGGAUAAACAAAUAACACGCAUCUCCACGGACUCCACAACGACACGGACCAAUAGCAGAGCAGUUAGAGGAUCUCAUUUGCAUAAUACAGACUGCUGAAUUUUAGUCUUUAAAGGUUUUUUUUUUUUUUUUUAAAUGCAGUUCUCCAAGUGAGGAUCUUUAUUCUUUAUUCUGAAGAGAAAAAUGAACCGUGUGGAUUCAGUCAGUACAAUUUUCUGUACUCGGACCUCCACCGAUACGCUCGCUCUGUUCCUCUGCAUAAAUCACGUGAUCAAUAGAGCACAAG